AUGAUGGAGAACGCCACCAACUCUAACAAAACGGACGAGGAGGUUCCUGUAGUUACUGGCCGUAAGGCCGCCAGAUCCUUGAGAUUGUUUCUCGGCGAUGGCCAUACGUUUGACUCGUCGAUGGUCGACAGCCAGGCUGCAGAUCAUCCAUUGACAACAGAGACGAUCUCGCAGUUGUCCCCCGAUCCCGAAACACACUCUGCGCUUCCUAUGCUCGAGCCUGUGUCGCUGGCCACAUACUUCCCGCAUACUCCCUUGAAGAAUCUCCCCAAGGCUGCCACCCCAGAUGCCGCUCCAGAUAAUGCUGCCCUCCAACAUUUAACCGCAGACGUAGAAUUCGAGCGCGAUCUGAAGGGGGAGCUCACAAACAUAAAGAAACAUCUGCAUGACUGGAGUACUAAAGCCCUGGAGACUCCUCAGAUCGAUAUCGCCAAUGCUCCCACGCAAUCAUCACAACAAGCCAGUGAAAUAUAUCCCUUGACAGUCGAACUACGGCCUUUCAAGAAUAAAGUAGGUGGUCAUACCGCAAUUUUCCGUUUCAGUAAGAAGGCUGUAUGUAAAGCUCUUGUUAACAGAGAGAAUGUGUGGUACGAGGCAGUGGAGCGGAAGCACUUGAACCUUCUCAAAUUCAUGCCCAAAUACAUUGGGGUUUUGAAUGUAAGAUACUCGAGUGUUGUUCGAGAAGAAGAAUUCACACCCAAAAUUGGCCCUGUAGAGGAGCCCUUCGACGAUACUCCUGAGUAUGCCGCUGACAUAUCAGCCGUAGACGAUUUGGAACAAGGCUUAGAGAACCAACAUCUAAGCAGAUCGAGCGGAAAGCCUUACAAGAGCUCAAGCAACCCGCAUCUUCGAAGACCAUCCUUUCCGGGUUAUCAAGCGCUACGAGGUGUAAGUCGCGAGGACCCACCUCCAGAAGUCCUUCUAGAUGAUAACAGACACAUAAUUCCUGAUUUACUCUGGAGGCAUUACUCUACUAGCGCACCUAAUGCCAACACUCUCAAGUCUGCAUCUCUGAACUCAAUGGACUUUCCCGAGAAUGCACACGAUCGCAGCAUAGGUGCUACCUCCGUGAACACCGAUUUACAAGCCCAGGUUAUUCAAGAAGUGUUCGUUCCACAAACUCGUAAACAUGAAGACAUUUUUGAAAUGGAGGACGAUGUAAACGAACAUCUGUCAGAUUCCAAAGAAGAGCUUCAAAAUCCAGUACUUCGGAAGCAUACGAGAUUUGAGCGUUUCAUUCUACUUGAGGACUUGACCGCUGACAUGAGCAAACCCUGUGUGCUAGACCUAAAAAUGGGAACCAGACAAUAUGGUGUCGACGCGUCAGAUUCCAAACAAGCAUCACAGAGAAAAAAGUGCUCUCUCACCUCUUCCAAGGAGCUAGGCACUCGGGUUUGUGGCUUGCAAGUUUGGAAUAGGGCAACACACAAAUACUUCAUGAAAGACAAGUACUUCGGAAGGCGUUUAAAGAGUGGACCGCCAUUUGCGAAGGCUCUCACGAAAUUCCUUUAUGAUGGCAUGUCGGGAUACUCGAUCAUUUGCAAAAUUCCGCUGAUCAUCAGCCUCUUGCGAGAACUUUACAGCUAUUUCCAGGACUUGAAGGGUUAUCGUAUGUACGGCUCGUCAAUUCUUCUCAUGUAUGAUGGUGCUCUUCCCGCGUCAGAGGCGGAAAUCAAAAUUCACAUUAUUGAUUUUGCACAGAGUGUGAUUGGCGACGACGUUGAUUACCACAAUUACAAGAAGCCGCCAAGAUUCCCUGAUUAUUCUGACAUGGGCUACCUCAAGGGAUUACGGUCACUCAUUCUAUAUUUCAAGUGCAUUUUUAAGAUUGUCUCCGGCAGUCUGUACGAUGAUAUCGGUGAUGACAUGGAUGCAUUUUUGAAAAAUGCAGAAACGUUGCACGCAGCUACUAGUUUUACUGGAAGCUUCGCUGAAAACGACGAGGAGGAGAUAAAUUCAGUUAUUGAAGGGGAUCCAUUUGACGUCUUUGCACAUUACCACGACUCGGCUGUGACAUCAGACUAA